CAAUGGGAUGAAUGGACUGCAAAUAGCAGCCGAUGGGAGGUGCUUUCCUGUACUAUAAAACAUCACGAUCUAGUGCUGGAGAGCCAUCAGACGCCACACAGAGAUCUUUGUCUCAGCUCAGUCUAACUCUAGCAGCCCAUAACCCACGGGAACAGCAACCAUGCCUUUCGGGAACAGUCACAACCAGCUGAAGACGAAGUACUCCUCUGAGCAGGAAUAUCCCGACCUCAGCAAGCACAACAACUAUAUGGCCAAGGUUCUCACACCGGCGCUAUAUGAGAAGCUGCGCUCCAAACAGACCCCCAGUGGGUUUACACUGGAUGAUGUAAUCCAGACCGGGGUAGAUAACCCAGGCCACCCCUUCAUUAAGACUGUGGGUUGUGUGGCUGGGGAUGAGGAGACCUAUGAGGUGUUCAAGGAUCUGCUGGACCCUGUUAUUCAGGACAGACAUGGAGGAUACAAACCCACAGACAAACACAAGACCGACCUCAACCCCAGUAACCUCAAGGGCGGUGAUGAUCUGGAUGCCAAUUACGUGCUGAGCUCUCGCGUCAGAACAGGCAGGAGCAUCCGUGGAUUCUGCCUGCCGCCCCACUGCAGUCGUGGAGAGAGAAGAGCUGUUGAGAACCUCUCUGUGGAUGCUCUAGGUGCUCUGACUGGGGAUCUCAAAGGAAAAUACUACGCCCUGAAAAACAUGUCAGAGGCUGAACAGCAGCAGCUCAUCGAUGACCAUUUCCUGUUUGACAAGCCUGUGUCUCCCCUGCUGCUGGCCUCAGGGAUGGCUCGGGAUUGGCCUGACGCCAGGGGCAUCUGGCACAAUGAUAACAAGACAUUCCUUGUGUGGGUGAAUGAGGAGGACCACCUGCGUGUCAUCUCCAUGCAGAAAGGUGGCAACAUGAAGGAGGUCUUCACUCGUUUCUGCACAGGUCUCUCUAAGAUCGAGGAGUUGUUCAAAAACAAGGGACACGCGUUCAUGUGGAACGAGCAUCUUGGCUACGUCCUCACCUGCCCAUCUAACCUGGGCACGGGCCUGCGCGCAGGAGUGCACGUCAAACUCCCUAAUCUCAGCAAAUACCGCCAGUUUGAGGAGAUCCUCAAGAGACUGAGACUGCAGAAACGUGGAACAGGUGGUGUAGACACUGCGGCUGUGGGUGGUGUUUUUGACAUCUCCAACGCUGACCGCCUGGGCUUCUCUGAGGUGGAGCUGAUGCAGAUGGUGGUGGAUGGAGUCAAACUCCUGAUAGAGAUGGAGAAACGGCUAGAGAAAGGCCAGGCCAUUGAGGACCUCAUGCCUGCCCAAAAGUAGACUCUCUUCAACACCUCACUUCCCUCUCCUGUUCCCCUCACCUUUGUUUACUGACUGUUUUUGACUUGUUCUUAGAAGACAUGAUUUAUUUAAGGGUCCAUUGUCUCUGUUUUUGUUACACUUACAGAUGUCACAGGGCAACAUAUGGAUGAGAAUGUCUGAGAAUAAAAUUUGGUCCAUGUU